UAGAAAGAUCAAACAGAUAUAAAUUUAUCUCUUAUACUAAUAUUUCUCCUUAUAUUCUCCCUACCUUUCAACACGUUAUCAGCACCAGCUCUACCCUUAAUAAUCAAGAAGAAAAUAAUGGCUGAUCUCAAAAAGAGAGAAUUCAAUGCCCUAGAUUUAACAGGAAACAAUUUUAUACAAUGGGCUUCAGAUGUCAAAUUAUACCUAAAAGGAAAAGGUUUAUUAUGCACAAUAAUUGAACUUAAUCCCACCGACAAAGGAAAGGGUAUUGAAAAAGAUCCCAUAAAAUUUGAGGAAGAUAAGGCAAAAGCUGCAUCAAUUUUGAGACAUCAUUUAACCGACAGUCUCAAACAUGAAUACACCAAUUAUGAGGACCCAAAAUUACUUUGGGAAGACCUAAAUGAAAGAUUUGGCCAUAAUAAAAGUGUACUUCUCCCAAAAGCCAUAGAUGAAUGGCGAGAGUUAAGGUUUCAAGAUUUCAAAUCAAUCAGUGAUUAUAAUUCAGCCCUUCAUCUUAUAAAAUCAAAAUUAGUCUAUUGUGGACAAAUAAUAACAGAUGAAGAAAUGAUAGAAAAGACAUUAUCAACCUUUCACGUAAAUAGCAUUUUGUUACAACAACAAUAUCGUGAAAGGCAUUUCCGGAAAUAUCAUGAACUGCUGAAAACACUUCUUGUUGCGGAGCAAAAUAAUGAACUAUUAUUGAAAAAUCACAACAGGAGACCGGUUGGGACUAUGCCCUUUAAUGAAACAAAUAUGAUUGAGAGGAAUGUGCGCCAUCGAGGUCGUGGGAGGUAUUUUAUAAGAGGCAAAGGUCGUGGAAAAUAUCACGAAAUGAGCGGCAUAAAUACUUUCGAACAAGGAAAUUUCUAUGGCCGUAGUCGUGGUCGUGGUCGUGGUCAUGGACUUAGUCGUGGCCGUGGACGUAGCCACGUUUAUGAAAGAAAUAUAUUUUCCCCCCGAAAUGAUAAUUUUAAACAAGUCCAGAAAUACAAAAGCACAUGUAAUAGAUGUGGCAUGACUGGACAUUGGGGGCGAACUUGUCGUACCGCCAAACAUUUAGUAGAUUUAUAUCAAGCUUCCCAGAAAAACAAAGGAAAAGGGGCAGAAGCAAAUUUUAUAAAUGAAGCAAGUACAUCUGGAGCCACCUUAGAUGUCUCCGAUUUCUUUACUGAGGAUGUGAACCUCCACAAACUUGAUCCCCAAGAAGAAGAUAAUUACAUCUUUUGAGAUGACUAGAUGCAUUUUCUUUUUAUCUAACUUGUCU